GAUUGGCAACUCAAUGAAAGCUCAAAAUGUUAUUCUGUGUCUUGUUUUUCUUACAGUUCUCUGUGCGAAAAAUUUGGUGAAAAAGGAUUUUUUCCGGCUUCCUGAUCCAUUUGCUAAAGUGGUGGUUGACGGAUCUGGCCAGUGCCAUUCUACAGAUACUGUGAAGAAUACCCUUGAUCCAAAGUGGAAUCAGCAUUAUGACUUAUAUAUUGGAAAAUCAGACUCCAUAACGAUCAGCGUAUGGAACCACAAGAAAAUCCAUAAAAAACAGGGAGCUGGUUUUUUGGGUUGUGUGAGACUGCUUUCCAAUGCUAUCAAUCGCCUUAAAGACACUGGUUAUCAGAGGUUGGAUCUGUGCAAACUUGGGCCAAAUGACAAUGAUACUGUUAGAGGACAGAUAGUAGUAAGUCUUCAGUCCAGAGACAGGAUAGGCACAGGAGGGCAGGUUGUGGACUGCAGUAGACUAUUCGACAAUGAUUUACCUGAUGGUUGGGAAGAAAGAAGAACAGCCUCUGGAAGAAUUCAGUAUUUAAAUCAUAUUACACGGACAACACAGUGGGAACGACCAACACGGCCAGCCUCAGAAUAUUCCAGUCCUGGUCGACCCCUGAGUUGCUUUGUGGAUGAGAACACACCUGUUACAGGAAUCAAUGGUGCAAUGUGUGGACAGUCAUCUGAUCCCAGGCUAGCAGAGAGAAGAGUGCGGUCUCAGAGGCACAGGAAUUACAUGAGCAGAACCCAUCUACAUACUCCUCCAGAUUUACCUGAAGGAUAUGAGCAAAGGACCACUCAGCAGGGACAGGUGUAUUUCCUACAUACUCAGACUGGGGUAAGCACGUGGCACGACCCUCGUGUACCUAGGGAUCUUAGCAACAUCAAUUGCGAAGAGCUUGGUCCUUUGCCUCCUGGAUGGGAGAUCCGAAAUACAGCAACAGGCAGAGUUUAUUUUGUUGACCAUAACAACAGAACAACGCAGUUUACAGAUCCACGGCUGUCCGCUAACUUGCACCUGGUUCUAAACCGUCAGAACCAACUUAAAGAUCAACAACAGCAGCACCAGCAGCAACAGGUAGUAUCAUUGUGUCAGCUUCCAGAUGAGGCUGAAUGUCUAACUGUGCCAAGGUACAAGCGGGAUUUAGUACAAAAGCUUAAGAUUCUGAGGCAAGAGCUAUCCCAGCAACAGCCCCAAGCUGGACAUUGUCGCAUAGAAGUCUCCAGGGAAGAAAUAUUUGAGGAGUCUUACAGGCAAGUCAUGAAGAUGAGGCCUAAAGACCUAUGGAAGAGAUUAAUGAUAAAAUUUCGUGGGGAAGAAGGCCUUGAUUAUGGAGGAGUUGCCAGAGAAUGGCUCUAUUUGCUGUCCCAUGAAAUGCUGAAUCCAUAUUAUGGCCUCUUCCAAUAUUCACGUGAUGACAUCUACACGCUGCAGAUAAAUCCAGAUUCUGCUGUCAACCCGGAACACUUAUCCUAUUUCCACUUUGUUGGACGGAUCAUGGGGAUGGCUGUUUUUCAUGGACAUUACAUUGACGGGGGCUUCACGUUGCCUUUUUAUAAGCAGUUACUGGGAAAGCCAAUUACAUUGGAUGACAUGGAAUUAGUUGACCCAGAUCUUCACAACAGCUUAGUAUGGAUACUUGAGAAUGAUAUUACAGGAGUCUUGGACCAUACGUUUUGUGUGGAACAUAAUGCUUAUGGUGAAAUUAUACAACAUGAACUUAAGCCGAAUGGCAAAAGCAUUCCUGUCACCGAGGAGAAUAAAAAGGAAUAUGUCAGGCUUUAUGUGAACUGGCGAUUUUUACGAGGGAUUGAAGCUCAGUUUCUGGCGCUGCAGAAGGGAUUUAAUGAAGUAAUCCCACAGCAUCUACUGAAGACAUUUGAUGAGAAAGAGCUUGAGCUCAUCAUUUGUGGCCUUGGGAAGAUAGAUGUAAAUGACUGGAAGACCAACACAAGGUUAAAACACUGCACACCAGACAGCAAUAUUGUGAAGUGGUUCUGGAAAGCCGUGGAGCUCUUUGAUGAAGAAAGAAGAGCUCGACUGCUUCAGUUUGUGACUGGGUCAUCCAGAGUGCCUCUGCAGGGUUUUAAGGCAUUGCAAGGUGCUGCUGGGCCAAGGCUAUUUACAAUACACCAGAUUGAUGCUAGCACAAAUAACUUGCCAAAAGCUCAUACUUGCUUCAAUCGAAUAGACAUUCCUCCAUAUGAAAGCUAUGAGAAACUCUAUGAAAAGCUGCUAACCGCCAUUGAAGAAACAUGUGGGUUUGCUGUGGAAUGAACAUUUGCAGACUUACUUGGGAUUGUAUUUACACUCCGUCAAGCAGAAAAUCCCUCUUUCAGCCAUGACACAGUUAAUGCUUGAAAUAUAGGAAAAUUUCUCCCCCUUUUUUCUACUUUAGGACAGUAUGAGGGAAAGGACAUUUUUUGGAAUUCUUCAUUCAACAAAAUGUCCUGUGGCUCCUGCCAAGGAAUCAUUCAGCUGCUAUUAAAAACUAGUAUCUUGAACAUAACGGAAUGCUGACUUUUUCUUCAUUUCAACAGUUAAGCAGUAUUCUUCUCUUUAAAAGACGACUACUAUUUUUGUAAAAAAUGAUCUGAUCUAUUUGCCUACCUGAUUUCUAUUCUCACAGGUCCAAGAUACAGUCGGUACAAGUCAUGUUCCAGCCUAUUUACAUAAAUAUGUGAUACUGAACAGCACCUAUACCUGCUAUUUUUUUAAAUAAAAUAUUUUGAUUAUUCUAAUUUUUACAUAAGAUUGGCUAAAUAAAUGAUAAACCUUUUAAAUUAAGGCCACUUAACAUAUAAACUAUGUUUUCUUAUAAUGGAUAAUUUUAUUCUGUUAUGGUUUCAUUUUCAGUGUUUCUUCUAUAAGAUUUUUUAUAUCUCUCAAGCAUGAAUUACAGGUUUUGGGUCCUGUUUUUCUCUUGUCAUAUUUCUUCAGCAGAGUCCUAAUCUGAGUUAACUUGCACUGCAUUUGGUACAGUACUUUAUGGUAAAUGUGGGAAGCCCUUUUUUAAAGGAAAAUGUUGUAGGCAUUUAGCAUUUUUAAAAGGAACAUUUUUGUAAAAAAGUGAAUACUUGAGGUUUUUUUUAAUUUGCUUUCCAUUUUAAAUGGAACUGCUGCAUUUUUUAAAAAAUCCUAAAUGUAUGUUGAUGAUAUCAACAGCCUUCUGCCAGGUCAUCAGUUCAUCGUUUAAAAUGUUCUGUGGAUGUCAAAUCAACCAAAGUUCUUUGUUCACAUGCAGCCACUCUACACUCCAUAUUACUGAAUAAUCUUACCAGGUUAAAAUGUCUUUCUGUCUAACUGUUCAUGAUGUAUGGGUUCAUGUAACUACAGUUAAGGAAAAAUGGUCAUGCAAUGGACUCAAAGAAAUGUAUGCAAUAUUCAAAUACAGUGUGAUGAACUCUAAUUUAAAAAACUGGUUAGGACACAUAAUGGAAGUUGUUAGCAAAAUGAUUAAAUACUGAAGGCAUAUUCAUAAUCAGCUCUAAAUGACAGUUAUGUGAGGAAUUUUAUCUCAAGUCACUAUAUAAAUGUGUUGGGCUUGUGUCUUGGGGAUACAUCACAUAGUAAGCUCUCCUUGAAAAUUUGUGUGUGUGUGUGUGUGUGUCAGCACUGUAACAAGCGUAGCUUCUUUUGCACAAUUUAUUGCUCUGCAGGUGUACACUCGGGUUGAUGCUAAUACUUCUUCAUAGUUUUGUGUACCUGACAAGUAGAAAACAAGUAGAGCUUACAUGUGUGACCUAAGAGCUAAAUUGUAUGUUAGUCUUACUUAGAGCAGACAUACUUAAAAUGAUAGGACUUGUAAUAAUGAACAUAUCCCAUUUACUCAGUGGUGCUACUAACAGGUAGGGCUAAUAUUGGAUUUGGCCUGAGGGCUUGCUGAACAGUGUUGAAAACUUUGUGAGCAGUCAAUGCAGUCCACCUUCCACUAAGAAGCAAGAAACACCAAGCAUUGCAACGUGGACUAUAGUAACUCAGUGUAAGUAGACACCACUACUGCAACAGAUGAGUAAUCAAGACUUCUAUGUAUAUUGAGAUAGAUUGGAAGCUACUAGCACAGCCUCACUGUUCUUAUACACUUUAUCUGGCAUUAGACUUUACCCUCCUUAACUUGUCUUAAAUGUGGAGGAAAGAAAGCAAGUAGAGCAAAGGAUAUCCAAAAGACAAUGUCUUGUUUUUUCUGCCAUGACCCUAGUGCUAAUUCUGGAGGCCAGCAAGUGAUAUGGCAACUAUCAAUAUCAUUGAAGGUAUAGCUUCACAAGAUGCUGAAUUUUGGAGUACGUGAAGAUGAAUAGCAGUUUCCAUUUGUAACAUUAGCUGUGACGUGAAGUCUUUGAAACCCUUGCUUCUCUGUAGAAGGUGAUAAGGUGUGAGAACCUAUACUGGAUUAUGAAACAACUACACAAAUUAGACAAGUGUAGCAAACCAGAUGGUGGCAACUGUUAGUCUAUUUAUGAGCGCAUUGCUGGACAAUUUCUGGUAGAGCAGACUUCAGUUUCUUUUCACCAAGGCCUACAUCAUACCAAACAAGGGUGGGGAAAUGGAGGCUCUAUUGGCUCUCAAAGAUGGUUUUUACCGCCUCAAGGGCCACUCACCUCUAAAAUUUGUUUGGGGAAAAGUUUCUGAUUUUUAAAAAAAUCACAAUGCCCCUAGCAUCCUCUGGCUACUUCCAAUCUGUUUACUACUUUAAAAAGGUGCUCUUCUAGGUGUACAAGUUGGGUGGGAUCAAAACACUUAGCAAAUGUGUGCCCACAUCCUUAGAGACAAAUU